UCCGUUCUGCUCUGCACCUGGAAGCGGCUGCAAUGCAGUGCAAGGGUGCAGGAGGUUGGCUUCAGGUACCAUAGUCUAGAAAGGUUUUGCUGCGGCUAGAUGUACUACAAGGAGAAGAAAGCAACAUUAUAUCAUGUAAUGCAUGCAGUUCUUGGUGGGUAGAUGUUUUCCUUCCCUCCUGGGAGGGUCAGACAACAACUAUUUUGAGCUGAGGGACUAUCUCCAUAAACCUAGAAGACGCCAGGGCACUGCCAGCAGGAGAAACCCUUGCCAUGCUUCCUACUAGCCAGCGAGAGGCGCCAGAAAAGAAACCCGGAAAUGGAUCCUCUCUUGCCGUCGUAUCCUCUCGAUGGUUGCACCUCUUGCAACUCCGCCCAUCCCUCUUACCCCUCCCCACUACCACUCUCCAGCGCCGGGUGGGAGGAUGAUAUCAUCAAAUUGAAUAAGAAGGAAGGAAGAAAGCAAAAUUUUCCAAAAUUGAAUAGAAGAAUUAAACAUACUGGUGCCCGGCAAUUCAGAAUGAGAGUAGCCAGAUGGGGACUACAACAGCAGACUGGUUUUGGUAAAAAUGGUUUGGGCCGAAGAGGAAGAAUGGGCCCUGGAAAAAGACGUUAUGGCGUUAUCACUGGCCUGGCAGCUCGGAAAGCAAAUGGAGUUCGUAAAGGAAUUAGUCCUAUUAAUCGACCACCUCUCAGUGAGAAGAACAUACAGCGAUAUUAUCCAAUGUUAAAAAGGAAGACAAACCUUCAGAGGCAAAAUGACAUGCAGAGGAAACCAAUCCCAGUUCUCAGGAGGCCUAACCAGUUAAGCAGAAGGAAUAAUGUUCCAGUCAAUUUCGCCAGGAGUGGAACUAAAUUAAAUCAGCAAAAAGACACACGCCAGGCAACUUUUCUUUUCAGAAGAGGCCUAAAGGUUCAGGCCCAGCUACAUCCAGGACAACUGCUAGACAAACCAACAGCAAAGAGAACUCGUCAAUGGCGGACUUCUACCACAAAUGGAGGAAUUUUGACUGUAUCCAUUGACAAUCCUGGAGCAAUUCAUCCUUCAGUAGCUCAGAGAUCCCGAUUAACUCGUACUCCUAUUCCGUCAUUUCUGAUGAAAAGGGAUCAUCCUGAAGAGAAGAAGAUUCCUAAAGGAGUCCCCUUACAAUUUGACAUAAACAGUGUUGGAAAACAGACUGGGAUGACUUUGAAUGAACGAUUUGGAAUCUUGAAGGAACAAAGAAUUGCUCUCACUCAGAACAAAGGAAGCCGAUUUGUAACUGUGGGAUAGAUCCUUUGUCAAGGGGACAAUUUUUGAAUGACAGCUACCUGUUUGAAAAGUUGAGUUGACAGAAGAAAAUGUGUCCCAGAAAUUCCAUGGAACUUUGUUUGAAUACUGAUGAAUCUAAAUAACUUUACUGCUUUUACUUUGGAAUAGCCUUUUUUUUUUUAAUAUAUGAAGUAAUCCCCUGAGAUAAUACCAGGGAAAUUCUGAUCUGUUCUUAAAGGUGUCCUUUUUGGUCUCUGACAGAAAAUUCUACAUGGACUUAAUUGGAUGAUAAAGGGGUAGCAUUCUUCUUUGGUUCUUCAUGCCACAUAUGUGCAACAGACCUAUAGAAGUUUAAUUAUUUUUGUGAUAGUAGUACUAUUUGGUAUCUUUUCUUUUCUCUACCCAUUCAUAUUGCUUAGGCAUAUCCAUUGUAAAUCUCUUUUCUGAUUGGCACUUGACAUGGAAUAGAUUUCAUAAGCAGAAACAUGAAAAAAAUUCAUCAAGAAAUUUAUAAUUUCAGAAUUUGCAUGUGUAUACCUGAAAGUUGUUAUUGUCUCCUCAGUUGAGGUUUUUUAGGCAGUGGGUCCAUAACAAAAGGUAAAUUUCCCAAUAUACCCUUUUAACUUUUCUAGAAUAAUAAGUCUGUGGUGAUUAUAUCUUAGCAAGAGAUCUGACCCCAGGUAUAGUCUCAGUGUGUUUAAAGGGUGUGAAUGCAUGUUUGCAUUCAUUAACUAGUGAUCUUGGGGGGAGAAUAUUAUUAAAACCUCACUUUUAAAUUUUUAUCAAGUCAAGGAAAUGAAAAGGGAAAUAAUUAAAAGUAUGGCUGAGUGAAGAAAUAGAUUGAAGCUUUACAUUUAGGUCAUAUGUAUUGUCUAAACUGGCCAUAUUGGCCUAAAACCUGUACCUAUGACCAGGUGUUCAAAUCCUAUUUUAAAACAAUUGGCAUAAAUUAAAUGUACUUGCUUUAAAAUCUUAGCAUUAAUGUUAGCUUCCUUAAAGUACUGAAUUCUCCCUCAUCUGGGAUGUUAAAAUUUUACUUUCAUUAAACACACUGUGGAAAAAAGUAGUGACUCCUUAAAAAGAAAACAGCUUUGUAAACUUGUCAAAUAGAUAAAAAAAAAAAGAAGAGAUAUUAAAUAGGGGUGAGUUGUAACUUGUUUUAUACUUGAGACCAACUUCAUGUUAAUGGAGAGACACGGAGAGAAAUGGUAAUUUUGAUAGGGUUUGGGGAGGUCUGUUGUGCCAAGAUUGUGUUUGAGGGAUCCUUAGAUCGUUGUGUACCACGAGUAGUAUGAUGCCAAAAUUUAGAGUAACAUUUCAUCUAUAGGUCUUGCCAUUUCUAAAUCUGAAUUUUUUGAUGUGCCACAUCAGUUUUGUUGUUGGUUUUUUUUUUUUUAAAUGAAUGAUAGGGAUUUUAGGUCACAUGAACAGUGUGGACUUUAUUUUCCUAUAAAAAGAAUAUUUUUCUCCCAUCCCAUCUCCUCAGUUUAUCCUUCCCCUGUCUCUUGCCCCUUCUGGAUUUUUACCUUGGUCUCUUAGGAAAGUAGGGAUAGAAAGCUGUCGAUGCCAUUUAUGUGCAUAUACCAAAGAAGUCAGUCUGAAUAAGAGUAACUUCUGGUUUAUACUGAUAAAGAAUUAUAUGGAGUCAGCCAUGGAAUCCUAAAGUAAAUCAGAAUUUCCCUAAGGGCAUUUGUGCUUCAAAUAGAGACCAGGGACCUAUUUCAAAUCAUUUUCAUAGACACAAAACUUAUAGCCAAUCCAAGAAUAAUGGGUUUUAAACUGAGGGUAGUCCAGGUUGAUUGAUGAUUUAAAAAAAAUAACCAAAACCUGAGUACACGUUCUCUACCAUAACUUUUUAUGGAAAAGAUUAAAAGGGACGUAAAUAUUAUUUUCCUAUUGCAUUAGUCUUGGAAAUUAUUCUACAAAAGUAAUGUAGGUGAUAUUUUUACUUUAAAAUCCCUUACUAGAUGUUGACAUUAAGUACAUCAAGCAGUAGGCCUGGUUUUGGUUUCUCAUGCUUUUUGUCUUAAUGGCACCAUAAUUAUUCAACAAUAAGUUUUCUUUUUAAAAAUACAAAUUUGCAUUUGCUACAACUAAGUUGAAAUUCUUGAGUGUUGACUUUUAACAUAUAUAGAAAAUGGUCAGUUUUCUUAGAGGGAAAAAAGUCCCUCUGUUGAAGUUUAAGCAGCUAAUUGGUGUUAAUCAUCCUGUUUCAGUGUACACAAUUUCUAUGUUCCAGGAUGCAACAUAAAAUUCUUUUUGCAUCAAGAUCGAUGCAAAACAUUGAUGCAAUGCAUCAUGAAAAGAAAGUUUGUAUUUAAUGAGAAGGUGCUUUACACUGUACUUUUUGGUAUUUUUUGGAAAAGUUAUUACAUUUGGAACUAUUCUGAAGCUGUUAAUUUUUUUUAAAAAUAAAAUGUUGCAGGUUUCA